AUGGCGGCGGUUCAGGAUGGGCCUGGGUUCCGGCCGGACUUGAACGUUAAAAUGAUAUGCCCCGAGUGCCGCAUUGAUCCUCCAGACAUCGUGGAGCGGUUCGCAGAGGGCGACAUGGUGUGCGGAAAUUGCGGCCUGGUCCUUAGCGACCGCAUAGUAGACAUGCGCUCGGAGUGGCGAACAUUCUCCAACGACGACCAUGGUGGCGAUGAUCCCAGUCGUGUUGGCGAUGCAACGAAUCCCUUUUUGGACGGAAGCCAGCUAGAUACUAUUGUGGCUGUUGGUGCUCCAGGCACUACUUUGGGGCGGGACCUUUCUCGAGUGCAAAACAAAUCGUCUACCGACCGCAAGGACUCUGCGCUUUUGGUAGCUUUUGGUAAGAUUUCGCAGAUGUGUGAGGCUUUCUCGUUGCCGCGGACUGUGCAGGAUGCGGCCAAACAGGCCUACAAGCUGGCAUAUGACCACCCCCGGCUGCGUUCGCGAUCCCAGCAAAGCAUCAUGGCAGCAGCAAUUGUUCUUGCCAGCCGUCAAGCAAAUGUCGGUCGUACUUUCAAGGAGAUUGCUGCGCUAUCGUCUGUUCCGCCCCAGGACAUUGGUAAAACUUUCAAGCUUAUGAGAGAGGUUCUUCAAAACACCUCUUCGGGUAUUAAUAUGAAGGGCAGCGAGAGCGGAACAAAUGCUGAGGAUCUGAUGAGACGUUUCUGUUCGAAUCUUGGGCUGUCCAUGCAGGUAACGAAUGCUGGCGAGUACAUUGCCCAACGCAUUGCAGAGGAGGGUAUUUUGGAUGGCCGUACGCCUAUGACGAUUGCGGCUGCAGCAAUCUAUAUGGCUACUGCGCUGUUCAACGAGAACAUGUCAGGCACGACCAUUGCUGAGCAUACAGGCGUCAGCGACGGUACCAUUAGGACGAGCUAUCGGCUGCUCUGGGAGGUCAAAGAGAAGCUGGUUGAUCCGGAGUGGAUUUCGACUGGCAAGGCUGAUCUUUCUCGUUUACCGCGUGUGUAA